AUGAAUUAAUAAAAACAACUCAUAUAUUGGGAAAAAUAAGGAUAUGAUCAAUUAUGUGGUGUACAUUGCAUCAAUUCUCUUUUAUAAGGUCCAUAUUUUAAUGAGAUUGAUUUAGCAACAAUUGCUUAAGAAUUAGAUAGAUAAGAAAUUGAAUUACUAGGAAAAACAGGACAUCGUUAUAAAUCGUAAAAUGUAGCAGAAGAUGGAAAUUUCUCAAUUUAGGUUUUAGCUGAAGCUUUAAAAAAAUUAGGAGAUUUGUAAAUUGAAUCUGUAGAUUCAAAAAUCAACUAAAAUUAAGAUUUGAGGUAUUUGAUUUCUUUUAUAUAAAUUAAGUCAAGAAAGUGGAUUUAUUUGUAAUUCUUAAGCUCAUUGGUUUUCAAUAAGAAAGAUUGAAAAUAUUUGGUAUAAUUUAAAUUCAACUAACAAACGAGGACCAGAAAUAAUUAGUGAUUUUUAUCUAUCUGCAUUUCUAUAAUCAGUAAAAGAGAAUGGAUAUUCAAUAUUUGUUGUUAAAGGUGUUUAUCCUCCACCAUAAUUAGAUGUAUUUUAUAAUCUAAUUUUUAUUAAUAGAAUAUAGAUUAGAAUGAUCGUUAAAAAGUUCUUACUACUUAAUUCAUUAAAUAAGUUCAUGAUAGAAGAGUCAAAAAAAAGAAUUAUUAAUUGAAUAUUGGAGGUUCAGAUGAAAUAGAAAUGAAAAAGGCAUUAAAAGCAAGUAAAGGAGAGAAAUAUGUACAUUAAGAUAAUUAUUUUAGGAAUCAACAGAUGAAGAAUUUGAAGAAGAACUUUAAUAACCAAAUAAAAUGUAAUCCACUCCAAAAUUUCAAGGAUAAGGAAUUUAAUUUGGACAAUAGAAAUCAUAAGUAAAUUAUCCAAAUUUCAAUAUUGAUCCACUUGAUGCUGAAUAUAGAUCAAUUAUACUCAUGACACUUGAAUAAGUAAUUAUACUAUUGAAUAAUUUAUAGAAAUUUAAUAUUUAAUUGGAAGAAGGUUUAGUUAUCCUAUUUUAAUUACCAAAUGGAUAAAAUAAAUAAUAUACAUUUAGUUAUGAUGCAACUGUUGAAGUAUUUCAUAUUUCCAUUUUAUAGGAUCUUUAUGAUUUUAUUUUCUUUGAAAGUAGACAAUAAUCUAUGAGAUUCACUUUGAUUUGCCCUAUUCAAAAGCUAUAACUUUUAGAUGUUACACAAUAGCUCUUAGAUAUUGGCAUAGAUACAAUGACCUAAAUUAUUGUAAAGAAGGAUUGA